GCGCGGGCCGGGCCGUACCGUGUGCGGGGUGGAGGGGGAGCGGCGCGGGGCGCUCGAGUUGAAGUGCCGGCGAGGCGGGUUCAGCAGUCAUGGCGGGAAGGGCUUUGAAACUUGCCUCAUUGACAGCAGCUGCUUCUGGCAUCUAUAUGUAUGGAAACAAGUUCCUGGAUCCUAAUGAUUUUGGAAUUGUUCGUGUGGGCCGAGCCAUUGCCACAACAGCAGUUAUCACCUAUGACUACCUCACCUCUCUUCGGAGUGUCCCAUAUGGAACAGAGGAGUAUGAAUUCCUCAAAUCACAGCUACUGAAGAGGUACAUAGUAGCCAGAGGUGUAUCUGAAGAGUAUCCCACCGGGUGCAGUGAGGAACAAACCAUUAGGAAGCCUUUGAAGAAUGCAGUGCUGCAAGGAAUUUGCAUCAUAAGAAACACUAUAAAAGGACAAAUGGGAAGUGGAGAAAUAAUCAUGUUUUAUUUAAUGUUUGGACUAUGCCUUGAGCCCAAAUGCGAAAUGAACAAAAACGAACACUCAGCAGUGCAAAGUGAAGAGGUGCACCUGCGCUCUGCUGAGCGCCUCCGGGAGUUGUGCUGCUCCAACCGAGGCACCUUCAUCAAGGUGGGACAGCACCUGGGAGCACUUGAUUAUCUGCUGCCUGAGGAGUACACCCGCACCCUCAAAGUGCUGCACAGCCAGGCCCCGCAGAGCACCAGGCAGGAGAUUGAGCAAGUUAUCCGUGAAGAUCUGGGCAAAGAGAUAAAAGAGCUGUUCAUGAGUUUUGAGGACACUCCCUUGGGAGCAGCGUCACUAGCCCAGGUGCAUAAAGCAGUGCUUCAGGAUGGGAGAACGGUGGCAGUGAAAAUCCAACACCCAAAGGUCCAAGCUCAGAGCUCCAAGGAUAUUUUACUCAUGGAGGUUCUCCUCUUGGUUGUGAAGCAGAUCUUUCCAGAUUUUGAGUUCAUGUGGCUGGUGGAAGAAGCUAAGAAGAAUCUGCCAUUGGAGUUGGAUUUCCUCAAUGAAGGCAGAAAUGCCGAGAAGGUUGCUUAUAUGCUCAAGAACUUUGACUUCCUGAAGGUCCCCAGGAUCUACUGGGAGCUCUCAACGAGGCGCGUCCUACUCAUGGAGUUUAUGGAAGGGGGGCAGGUGAAUGACAGGGCCUACAUGGAAAGGAAUGGCAUCAACGUCAAUGAGAUCUCUCGCAACUUGGGGAAGCUCUACAGCGAAAUGAUCUUUGUGAACGGCUUUGUGCACUGUGACCCACAUCCAGGCAACGUGCUAGUGAAGAAAUGCCCGACCUCUGGCAAAGCCCACAUUAUCCUCCUGGACCAUGGGCUCUACCAGGUGCUGAGCGAGUCAUUCCGCAUGGACUACUGCCGCCUUUGGCAGGCCCUCAUCAAGGCCGAUAUGAAGAGGGUGCAGAAGUACAGCCGUCGGCUCGGGGCAGGGGAUUUGUACCCUCUCUUCGCCUGCAUGCUGACUGCCAGAUCUUGGGAGUCUGUCAACAAGGGUAUUGACCAGUCACCAGUCUCAGCCAGGGAGGACAUGGAGAUCCGAUCCAACGCUGCUACUUACUUACCCCAGAUCACCCAGCUCCUUAACAACGUCCCUCGCCAGAUGCUGCUGCUGCUGAAGACCAAUGACUUGUUAAGGGGGAUUGAGUCAGCCCUGCAGACACGGGCCAGCGCCAGCUCCUUCCUCAACAUGUCUCGCUGCUGCAUCAGAGCCGUUUCCACGUACCAGAGGAACAAGAGUCACUCGCUUUACAGGAGGGCCCAGAUCUCACUCACAGAAACCCUGAGCCUGUGGCAGAUCAACUUGUAUGAACUCUUCCUGUGGCUGAAGGGGUCCCAGCUGGGGAACUGGGUCAUUGCUCUCCUGAGACGGAUGCACCAUUCCACAUACUGACAUGAACUGGUGGGAGAGGCCCGGGUGCUCCCUCCCUCCCUUCUGCUCUCCACGGCACAUUUGCCUUUCUGACUUUAUGUCUAUUUUUGGGUCUUAUUCCACAUUACCCACUGUGCUGUCCUUGCCUUUUACAGCAUUAACUUCUGUGGCACUGAGAGGUUGAGUUGGUACCAGAGCUCAACUGUUUCAUGGUUUAGGAAAAGGAGCUGUGUGAUACCUUGUGUCAGGAAGGACAGGAUACUUUAUUUCCCCAUCUGAGCAGGGUAAGUUCCACUCAGAUUCCAGUGGACUACACUGGAAGCAAAUGCCUCUCCUUGGCUCUUUCUUAAACAAAUCUUACAGAACUUAAGAGAAUCCCAACCCUACCUAGAAUGCCCCAAAACAUUUCUCAGACCCUUAGAGAGAGGUAGUAAGUCCCUUUAAAAUGCAAGAGGGUGUAUAUUAGUUUGAGCAAUCUCCUUAGUCUGAUUUCUGUUCAAGUGUGCAGAGUUUCUCAGAGGAGUGAGACCUUGUGGAAAGUUGUCACUAGGGCUUCCUCUCCCAGCACCAGGGAAAGGGGACACAAAUGGUGAGAGUGGUGGACUGGGAGUUUGACUUUCUGAGGUCCAUCUCCAGUCCUGUCAGCAAGUGCAUUUGUGUUUUUGGACUUUUCCUGACCUGUUUCCGUGCAUGUGAAAUGGAGGAAGGGGACAGUGAUCUUGCCUCUUUUCUGAAAUGCAGGGAAGGCAUUCAGAAUGACAACUCAGGACUCUGAAACUGCUGGUAAUGUAUGUGUACUGUACAAUACUGCCACACAACAAAAUAAACAUGACCUUUGGCGGGAGGGA